UAAUUAGAUAGGAAAGAAAGAUGUACAACUUUGAAAGCUAAAUAAAUUGGUGGAUGUGAUAUAUGAGGGGAAAAUGAGGAGUAACGAGCCACGUUCAAGUUCAUCAUGCGCAGCCUGCAAGUUCUUGAAAAGAAGAUGCAUACCGAAUUGUAUAUUUGCACCCUAUUUCCGAUCCGAUGAGCCCAAAAAGUUUGCAAGAGUACACAAGAUUUUUGGUGCUAGCAAUGUCAGCAAGAUCCUGAUAGAAGUUCCUGAAGAGCAACGUGAAGACACUGUCAAUUCUUUAGCUUAUGAAGCUGAAGCAAGGCUUAGAGAUCCUGUCUAUGGUUGCAUUGGUGCUAUAGCUUUGUUGCAGAGAAAAAUGGUUGAGCUACAAGUUGAUCUUGCCAUUGCCAAAGCUCGUCUAGCUCGAUAUACUGCUAUUUCUUCUUCUUUUUCUUCUGCUAGUACUGCUUCUAUCUUGAGUGAUCGCAGUAGUUUGGCAGCUUUCAAUGAAUUUCCUGCUUGUGGUGGCAUGGUUGUUGACAGUUUUAGUCAGACUUCAUCUGAGCUUAGCCAAGAUCGAGUCGUCAAUGAUUUUAGCCAAUUCCCAUAUAUAUUUUGAUAUUUUUUGUACCUGUUCUCCCCUUUCUGUCAAAUACCCUUUUCUUCUCUCUCCAUUGUUAAUGAUGAUUUCAAGAAUUUGGCCUUCAGUUUAUGUUUUUCCAAUCAAGAAUUCUAUGGGAAAUUCUCUGGAUAAGUGAGAUUUCUUCUAUGGUAGCCACAGCUGGAUGAUGGCAAUUUUCUUCAAUCUAGUCCAUGAUGUGUACUUUUCUUUUUAUGCAUUGUUUAAUUGGGUAUUUGCAUAGAUCAUAAACCACCAGGAUUACUUCAAGGUUGAAGGUUUUGUUAUUUC